AUGCACGGCGGAAGACACGAAAACUACGGCUCCAGCGGCAUGGGCGGCGGCUACAACGACGGCCCUAGAGAAAACUACGGAGGCGGCGGUAUGAACGGCAGCAUGGGAGGAGGCAUGGGUGGCGGCUACUCAAGCGGCGGCCGCGAAAACAUGGGCGGCAGUGUGAGCGGCGGCAUGGGCGGAGGCUACGGAGGCGGAGGCGGCCGAGACAACUACGGUCCUUCUGGCGGCAUGGGAGGCGGCCACGAUAACUACAACGGCGGUGGCGGCGGCGGCUACGGCGGCUACGGCGGUGGUCGUGAAGAGUACGGACAUUCUGGUGGUCACUCUUCUGGACGCCGCAACAGCUAUGACCGUCGCGACAGCUACGACCGCCACGAUAACCACAGCAGCCACGGCAGCAGCCACGACAACCACGGCAGCAGCGGCGGCGGCAGCGGCGGAGGUCUCCUCGGCGGGAUCCUCGGCGGCGGAGGCAAGGACAAGAAGGAGGAGAAGAAGAGCGAGGGGUUCACUGACAAGUUGAUUGAUGGUGCUGCUUCGUAUGCAAAGAAGAAGUGGUAG